AAAGAGCUGAAGUUCGAAGCUGCACGCAUCGCGGUACAUAACCAGCUGCCAUUUGCAGACGUUGCAUAAAACUUUUUUUUUCAGUAAUGUGUAUCGCAGUGUUAUUUUCCUUUACUUAAUCAUCAGUGUUUAAGUGAAUACACGAGGAGCGUGUAAUUACCUUCAUUUUUUUGCUUGAAGCCACGAGAACUGACAUUUUAUCUCUCGCGGUUCCUGAGCGGGUGACGUUUCUUCGGUAACUAUCUCAUUAGCGCAGUUAUUCGAAGGUGGAAAGUGCAAUGAUUAUUACCUAAAAGGCUGUUGCCAGAAGGACUGUGCACUUUGUGACAUCAUUACAGUGGAGUAUAAUUUCUACUUCAUCAUUGAUACCUUCCUCCAGGCAGCCCUGUAGUUUCAACCUGGUGAAUGUUGUAGAAGAUGAGUGAGGUUAAAUUUAAAGAUCAGAUUCUGGAAGCUAUUGGAACACUUAGGCGUCGAAAAGCUCGUCCAGACAAGGAUAGAAUUGGGAGGUACUUGUUUCGUCACUGUGGCAUUCCUUGUAGAGAGACAUAUGAAGCAUUAGAACAACUUGUGAAACAACGCCUGGUAAUUCCAGUGGAAUACAAAGGUGCAACUAGUUAUAGAGAUCCACAGCGUUGGUCAAAAUUUCAGUGGUACAGGAGUGCUGUUGUGCUAAAAGGAGUAGAGGACAAAAAAGUUUUUAUUACAAAAUUACAUCAUACUAUUCUAGAUGUUUUUGAUGAGCUCUUAUUAAAUCAACCUGAAUAUUUUGAUUAUGGUAUUCCGGAGGAGGAGUUUAGGAAAUAUGUAAAUAAUUUUAAAGAUGUGAGAAGAAUGUUUGGGGUAGAUACCUUGUUAAGAAAUGGUAUUGAAUCAGGAUUAUUAAUGAAACUUCAAAGCGGUAACUACUCUUUAGCACUUGAUAAUGUGUCUGCUAUUACAGAUCCUCCUGUGGCAUCUGAAAAAGAAGAUAAGACACCUGAAAAACAUAGUGAAUCUGUGUCCCAAGAUAUUUUUAAGCCAAGUUGCAGCAAUUACAAAGAAAAUGCACCAAGACCUACUACAGUGUUAGAACCAAGAAUUAUUGUAGAAGAAAAGAGCACAUCACAUUCAAAAACAUCUUCAGGAAAUAAUGAACAAAAGUUAUUUUCUGAUCUAGACAUAAGUGUAGCAUCAAGGCGUGAGCCCAGGAUAAGAAAAAUUAAGAAGGUAUUCGAUCCUUCUGUUAUAAGUUCACCAGCCACUAAAAAUACUCAUUUGUCUGCAGGUAACACCUCCAGUGCAGGUAAUACAGUAGUGAAAUUGUUGUGUGUCUUAUGUAGUUGUGAUACAUUGGAAAAACUUAUCAAAUGCUGUGUCUGUUCAAAGUAUUUUCACCGUUCUUGUGUUUUGGCAAAGUAUGGUUUGAAUGUCAUGGUGUCUUAUUGGACAUGUUUAUUCUGCAGAAGUUGUGCAGUUUGUUUUGAGGCAGUUGAUAGUUCAAAAAUGCUAACCUGUACAAAAUGUAAUAAAGUGUUCCAUAAUACCUGUCAGAUUCCAAAGCUAACAGAGAAACUAUCUAACAAAACUUGGGUAUGUUCAUGUUGUCGAGAGGAAGGAGGACCUCAGCCAUUAAGUUCCACAACCUCAAAAAAGAAUACAAUAGGUUUUGCAUCAGAGGGGACUCCUGUUAACAGUGUUAAUAAUUUUUCAGAACAAAAAUCGCCUUUUGUGAAUACCUUAAAACAAAAUGCACCUUCAGACAGGUCCUCCGAACAAAACACACCAUCCAAACAGGGUUGUACUCAAAAAUCGUCUUUUAAAGGGGUGCCAACUCAGAAGAUACUUCCCAGAACACCGUCAGGUCAGAAAACCUCUAAAUUAUCUAUAGAUCAAAAAGUAGCACUGGAGAAAAGUCUAGAACAGAAAACAACUGUUAUUAAGGCAUCUGAUCAAAAGAGACCUUUGAAGAAAGUAUCUGAGCAGCAUACUGCUCCAGAUUCUACUGGUGUUUCUGUUUUUCAAAAUGAAAUGUGUAAAAUUAUGAUUCAUGAGAAUAUACCAGAUGUUUCAAGGUGGACAGUAAGACGUAUUUACAAUUACUUUGUUAAAAAAGGAUUUGCAGCUCAGGCUUGUGUUUUUAGGGAGAAUGGAAUUGAUGGCCCUACAGUGUUGAUGCUAACACGUACUGAUGUCUUAUACAAUUUACAAAUGAAAUUAGGCCCAGCCUUGAAAAUAUAUCACCAAGUUCGUAUAUUACAGGCCAAAGCUGCUGGCAAAUCAUUCAUAUAUUAUGAAUAAUAAAUUUGUAUACGUGAUGUUACUUGCAGAAA